UCCAAAAAGGUUCCCACUUGGCUGGAGGUUUGGAACUCAGAGUCUCACAUCACGAGCCUCCUGCCCAGAGAUGCCACUCGCUCCAUCCUCUUCUCCGCAUCUUCUUCAAUUCCCUGUCUCCUCACCUGCUCACCGCCUCCUCCUCUUCUCUGACCUCACCUGCGCCACAUUCUUUCGCUCCUCAUGGCCACCGCCAUUUCCGAUCUCCUUGAAGAAGGCCAAUUCCUUCGUGUUUCCGAUCUCCGUCCGGAGGGAGAAAUGCUUCUCCAAAUCAACCGAGGAGGAUCUCCUGAGCGAUUCGGAAACCCAAACAGGCGGAAACGACGACCGCCCGGCCUCUGUGGCUACCACUGGUGGUUCGCAGAGGAUCGCGGCGUCGUCCACUGAUUCUCUCUCUCUUGGAAUUCGUGAGCCGGUCUAUGAGGUGGUAGAGGUGAAGUCGGAUGGGAAGGUGUCGACUAGGAAAAUCAACCGAAGACAGUUGUUGAAGUCAAGCGGACUUCGUCCUAGAGAUAUACGGAGCGUGGAUCCAUCACUGUGGUUGACAAACUCAAUGCCUUCUUUGGUGGUCCGCGAGCAUGCUAUACUAUUAAAUUUGGGAUCAUUGCGAGCAAUAGCAAUGCAAGAGAGUGUCUUUAUAUUUGACUAUAAUCGUAAAGGAGGGAAAGCUUUCAUGGAUUCGUUGUUGCCUCGCUUGAACCCUAAAAACAUGAACGGUGGACCAUCAAUGCCAUUUGAGCUUGAGGUCGUUGAAGCAGCCUUGCUUUCAAGGAUACAGCGUUUGGAGCAGAAACUGAUGGAUCUAGAACCUCGUGUCCAAGCUCUGCUUGAGGUUUUACCAAACCGAUUAACUGCUGACAUAUUGGAGCAACUUCGCCUUAGCAAGCAAACUUUGGUUGAAUUAGGUUCAAGGGCUGGAGCUCUCAAACAAAUGUUGCUUGAUCUUCUAGAGGACCCCCAUGAAAUACGCCGUAUGUGUAUCAUGGGAAAAAACUGCACACUUGUGAAAGGGAAUGAAAACAUGGAAUGCUCUGUUCCUCUAGAAAAACAGAUUGCUGAAGAAGAGGAGGAAGAAAUUGAAAUGCUUUUGGAAAACUAUCUUCAAAGAUGUGAAUCUUGUCAUGGUCAGGCUGAAAGGCUUCUUGAUUCUGCCAGAGAAAUGGAAGAUUCAAUUGCUGUUAAUUUAAGCUCUCGGAGGCUUGAGGUAAGCAGAGUGGAAUUGCUUCUUCAGGUAGGGACAUUUUGUAUAGCAGUUGGCGCACUGGUUGCAGGAAUAUUUGGCAUGAACUUGAAGUCCUAUCUAGAAGAACAUGCGAUAAUAUCAAACAUUCAGCUCCCACUCAACCAGAUGACUGACAAGAGACCAAGCAGGCCCUGCAAAUUCUCACAAUCAUGCCUCCCUGCUUGGAGUGUAUAUCCCUGAAGGGAGGGCAGUGAAUAAGCACUCUGAGAGUGACGCAAUUAUUUUGUAAACAAGUAUGAUUUUGAAUUGUGAUGGGGACGGGCAUAUUCUAGUAUGUGUAACGAAUUCCACAUCAUCCAAGUAGAAUUGCCUUUUGAGAUUGUCCCCGUUUAGUAAUAUUUGGUAAUUUAUUCUUCUUUUUUUUUAA